UCCACUUUCCAAAUGACACGAGAAAUAGAAUGAAAAAGUGUCACAUCUUCCCCCACAUUAAUAUAUAUGUAAACAAAUAAAAAAUAAAAAAAUUAUACAGGAAACCAUUUGCAUAUAUAGUGUAUACUAAAAGCGAACUUGAAAUAAAAGCAUGGAAGAAACCCGAUCUGCAGAAACAGAAGAGAUUGUAAAAAAAGAUACAAUUGAUGAAAUACCGAUACUUCAAAAUGAUCAGUUAAUACAGUUAAAAGUAAUUGGGAGCGGUGGUUUUGGGGAAGUCUUACUUUGCUGUUAUCGGAAGGAAGGAAAUCAGAUGCCUGCAAAAUAUGUGGUGAAGAAGCAAUUACUACGGGGUGGAUUGCGCACUCGGGACUACAAAUACUUGAAAAAUGAAGCUAAAAUUUUAUGGCGUUUGGAAUCUCCGUUUGUAAUCAAAAUGGAAGGAUUGAGUUUCAGCAACAAUCAGUUCUCCAUUGUGGUUGAGUAUGCUGAAAACGGCUCUUGUGCCGACUUCUUUCGAAGAUUGUUUUACGAUCGCGAAAAUAAGGAUUUGGUGUCAGCAUUAUGGCCGCUUAAAACAAGAAUUGCGUAUCAGGUGAUAAACGGGAUGGCAUAUUUGCAUGGUGUACAACCACGAAGAAUACUUCACCUUGAUCUCAAAUCACAAAAUGUUCUUUUAGAUCAAGAUUUAAACGUGAAGUUGUGCGAUUUUGGUCUCUCACAAAUGCACACGUUGUCAGUUUUAAGCAGAGCGUCGACUUUUACAGCGAAAGAUGGGGAAAACAACGGCGGUAUAAGAGGAACAUAUAGUCAUAUCGCACCGGAAUGUUUCAAAAAUCCAAACCUAAAACCGACUGUUAAAUCCGAUUCAUACAGGUAA